AUGCCACAAUUGCAAUUUUAUACCCAAAAUACCCCUGGUGGACCACCCCAAACUCAAUUUUAUAUCCAAAAUGUCCCUGAGUGGACCACCACCUCAGCGUCCCAAUUGUCCUUUAAAUACCGCCACCCUACCACUCCUUUCUUCCCUUUCCUCCUCCAACCUUUCUCCCUAUCUAUAAGCGGUUUUCCGGUCAUGCUGUCCACCGUUCCAACUACGCUUUCCUCCGACGGAUUGUUCACAAUCCCAUUUCCGGAUUUCCAAGGUGGUUUUACGCCAUGGGAUUGUCAAGAACCCUAUUUUGAUUUUCAAAACCAAGAUGGGGAAUACUUUUUUUGCUUAAAUCAAACACAAAAACCGGUCUUAUCCAAUUCCGGUUCAGAGAACUCAAUCCCAAUUUCGCUUAGUCCCAAUUCCGGUUCAGAUAACUCGAAUCUAAUGCCUCUUAGUCCAAAUUCCGGUCCAUAUGAGCAAAACCCAAUUUCCCUUAAUCCAAACUCCGGUUCAGAUAACUCAACCCCAACUUCUCUCAGUCCAAACUCCGGUUCAGAUGAACCGAACAGGAAGAAAAACAAGUCAAGAUCCGGUUCGGAAGAAUCCAACCAGAUGGCUUCUGUAAUUGACGAACGAAAACAGAGGCGGAUGAUAUCGAACCGGGAAUCAGCAAGGCGGUCCCGGAUGAGGAAACAAAAGAAUCUGGAGAACAUAAGGAACCAAGUGACCCGGCUUAAGAUCGGAAACCGGGAACUUGCGAACCAGCUGCGUGUGGCUACUCAUCACUGCCAACUACUUGGAAAUGAUAACCACCGGCUCCGGUCCGAGGCCGUUAUGCUCCGGCAGAGACUAUGGGACAUACGUCAAGUUUUGCUUGUUCACCAACUUCAACAGCAGUUAUCAGAAACCCCCACAACCUUUAAUCACGUACUGAGAGCACUGUGCUGGAUUUCCUCGUCCAAAUUGAACAAAGCUUACAGUGUAGAUAGCACACAAUAUGCUAUUUCCAUAACCAGUGCUUUGCCAAAGAGAAGCUCUAUCCACCCUUUGGUGAUCUCGUGUAAACGGGCAGUUUCACGCUAUGUGCUAGCUGACAUAUACUACUAG